GAUUAUCUUGGCCUGCUCAAAGCCUUGGCCCAGAGGCACUGGCCGGCGGAGAAUGGAAGUACGCGAAAGAAGCCGCCCAUGAUGUUCGUCUGCGUGCAGUGGGAAGAUAGAACAACGACCUGGGAGUGGCGAGGAAAGUUGAAGAAGCACUCUCAAUUUGGUGGGCAAGCGAAGAUAGCAGCCCCAAGAACCAUUGAGUACGAGAAUGUCGUGCUAGUGGAGGAGGGGGAGAGGAUUCACUCGGCCGAUUUCGCCUUUGUUGAGACCGCUGCCCAGCUUGCGAAAAGGCGCCAGCAAUGGAUACUGAGACAACGCCAGAGCGAGUCUCGGUCGCUAUCUCCGGGCUUGGCGCUUGACACUGUGGAGGUCGAGAGCAAGGAUGCCCAGGACGACUAG